AUGAAUAGGGGGGCAGUAGAUGAUGGGCCCAAACUGCGUGAAGAAAAGCACUUCCAAGAUUUUUAUCCUGAUCUUAAUGCCGAUACUUUACUGCCGUUCAUCGUUCCCUUAGAGGAAACAAAAGAUAACGACACUACUAAUGAUAUUUCGAAUUUGAAUAACAGAGAAGAAGGUAAUGUCAAAAGCAUACAAACAAAAGAAUUGAUUUUCAAGGGGAGAGUUACCACUGAACCACUAAUAUUGAAGAAAAAUGAAGUGGAAUUUCAAAAAUGUAAAAUAACUACGAAUGAGCUAAAGGAUAGAAAAAUAUCUUACUCUGUUAAAUCCAAUGAGAGUUUUAUAUCGAGGUACUACCAUAUAAACAAACCAAGAAGUAGAAAAGGUUAUAAAUUACAACAAAUAGAAUUUAGUGAGUUGAAGACACCUUACUUCACCAGAUUUUCUAGCAGAGAAGCCCAAAAUAUGACCACUUCGACGAAUACAAAGAGUGCGCUCCAAAAAUUUGCCAGUAUUUCACCCGAUCUUGUUAAUUUCAAGCCGCAAUAUGACAUGGAUGAACAGGAUGAAUUAUAUUUGCACUAUCUAAACAAGAGGUACUUCAAAGAUCAAAUGUCUCACGAAGUCUUUGAAAUUUUAAUGGCCACAUUAGAAACCGAAUGGUUUCAUAUUGAAAAGCAUAUACCUUCAACUAAUAAUCUGAUUGCCAGGCAUAAUAUUCUGAGGGACUGUAAAAAUUAUGAGCUAUAUGGUUCAGAUGAUGGGACAGGCUUGUCGAUGGACCAGGCAUGUUCAGUUUGCUUAGGGACAGAUAGUGAUAAUUUGAAUACAAUUGUCUUUUGCGACGGAUGUGAUAUUGCGGUGCAUCAAGAAUGUUAUGGUAUAAUUUUCAUCCCAGAAGGAAAAUGGUUAUGUAGACGAUGUAUGAUUUCAAAAAAUAACUUUUUCACCUGUCUAAUGUGCCCAAGUCACACUGGCGCAUUCAAACAAACGGAUACUGGUUCUUGGGUGCAUAAUAUUUGUGCUUUAUGGCUUCCAGAGCUAUAUUUUUCAAACUUACAUUAUAUGGAACCUAUAGAAGGUGUUCAAAAUGUCAGUGCAUCACGAUGGAAACUUAACUGUUACAUCUGUAAAAAAAAGAUGGGUGCUUGCAUUCAGUGCUUCCAAAGAAACUGUUUUACAGCCUAUCAUGUCACGUGUGCCCGUCGAGCUGGUCUCUACAUGAGCAAAGGGAAAUGUACUAUUCAAGAAUUAGCCACUAAUCAAUUUCCACAAAAGAACUCAAUCGAAAGUUUUUGCCACAAGCAUGCGCCUAGAGGAUGGCAAACGAGUAUGGAAGGUAUUAAUAAGGCUAGAAAAUACUUUUCUCUACUCUCCACAUUACCAGCCGAAACUCCUCAGAAUAAUGGAACAAAUGAUAAGACAGAUCUAAAAUUUAAGAAGACGAUUUGGAAAACGUCUAAUCAGACACCGGUGGCACCAUAUAUUUUUACUGAAGUAUUGCAAAAGGUUGUUGAUUUUUUUGGUUUGGCUAACUCACCAGCAAGCGCAUUUGAUAUUUGCAAAUAUUGGUCAAUGAAAAGAGAGCUCACAGGGGGUACCCCAUUGAUUGCAUGUUUUGAAAAUAAUUCAUUAGGGUCCUUAACUGAGGAACAAAUACAAACAAGAAUGGCUUUCGCCGAUGAUCAGCUCAAAGACUUGUACAGACUCAAGGAGCUGACGACCUUGGUAAAGAAAAGAACACUGGCUUCAAAUAACUUGUUCAGAUCCCGAAAGAAGGUUUUUGAUAUAGUUAGGUCUCCGCAAAAAUAUUUUUUGAAAAUCAAUGUACUGGAUGUCUUUAUAAAAUCUGAACAAUUCAAGGCCCUCGAAAGAUUGGUCACCGAACCUAAAUUGUUGGCUAUUUUGGAAAAGUGUAAAAAUAGUAACUUUGAUACUGUCCAGAAUUUUAAGGAGGAAAUUAUGCAUUUUUUUGGGGUUUUGGAAAACCUUCCGAGUGCAUCAAGAAUAAUUCAAGCUGUCUCGUUAAAGGCAAAGGAGCAAGUGACAAACUUAAUUGAGCCUAUAGAACAUGUGGAUAUUAAGAGGUUGCUAUCCAGAGAUUUCAUAAUAGCUGAUGAUAACAAAAUAGAAGAAAGGGCAUGGAGUGGCCCGGUAAUUAUGAAGGAAGAAGAUUUAAGUGACGCAGAAGAACUGAGUGCAGGGGAGCACCGUGCGCUGAAGCGAAUCCUUAAUAACGGGUAG